CGUUUUAAUUUCAAAAUCGACCAUGGUUCCUUCUAUUUUGACAUAAAGAUCGUGUUUUGAAUCAUUUUUUGAUGAUCAUUUGGGAUUUGGGCUUCUGGGUGCUUUUCAAUUUGUAGAAUUUUGCCCUUUUCAGAGUUUUAGUUCUAGGGUUCGGGGUUUCUGGGUGUCUUUAGUUUGCAGAGAAUUUUCAUUGCAAUCUAUGGAGUCUGUUGGUUUCUGCUUGAUUGCUGGUUCUAGGGUUUGUGCUAUCUAGAUAAAAGGGAGCAAAAUCCUAAUUUUGAGACAAUUUUAUUAACUUAAUUGGGUUAGAGUGGGGGUUCACUUCAAAAUUUGGAGAUCUAGAGUUUAGUCUUUAUGGAAUGGAUUUGUGAGGGUUUCCUUUGGGAUGCGUUCAUUGACUGCGGGGGAAUUAGAAACCCUCCGGAUAGAUAGCACCACUAAAUUGGAGGAGGAGGAGGAGAAAUUAUACAAGUAGGGAGAGAAAAAAGAAAAAAAAGAAGGAAAAUUUUCGAUUUGUAGAACAAAAUAGAGAAAACUAAAGCAAUGGGUGAAUCCCUAUUAACCUCUUUGUCCAUGGAGAACCACCACCACCCGUCAACCCUCCUCUCCAUGGACCCGACCGGAGGCCCUAACAACCAGUCAAACUCCCACGAUGACUCUGAUCGUGAGCUGAUGAUGGCUCUCUCCGGCCCUCCCGAUAUAAACCUCCCGCUCUCGGUCGAACACUCCCCUCCUCCUCAACACCCUUGGAACCCAGCUGAAAUCCUAGAUAUCGGGCCUGCGGGCCCACAAAUCUUCGAUGCCGAGGCCACCGCCCUUAUUUUGCCUCAUAAGGCCGGUGCCCGUAAGUGCGCGAAGCGAGGAGACUCCAUUUGGGGGGCUUGGUUCUUCUUCAACUUCUACUUUAAGCCGGUCCUUUCUGAUAAGUCGAAGGCCAAGAUUGUUUGGGAUGGGAAUUCGUUCUCUGGGUUUGAGAAAUCGGAUUUGAAGCUUGAUGUGUUCCUGGUUCAGCAUGACAUGGAGAAUAUGUACAUGUGGGUGUUUAAGGAGAGGCCGGAGAAUGCUCUUGGUAAGAUGCAGCUGAGGAGUUAUAUGAAUGGGCAUUCUAGGCUCGGGGAGCCACAGUUUCCGUUUAGUGCGGAUAAGGGCUUUGUUCGGUCCCAUCGGAUGCAGAGGAAGCAGUAUCGGGGGCUGUCCAACCCGCAGUGUGUUCAUGGGAUUGAGAUUGUGAGGUUGCCAAAUUUGACGGUGGUGUCUGAUGCUGAUCGCAAGAAGUGGUUGGAGCUAACUGGAAGAGACCUUAAUUUCUCAAUACCCCAGGAAGCCAGUGAUUUUAGUUCAUGGAGGAAUCUUCCGAGUGCUGAGUUUGAGCUCGAGAGGGCUGCACCUCCUCCUCUGAAGAGCACUACUGCACAUCCUCCACCAAGGAAGUUGCUUAAUGGGUCAGGGCUGAACUUAUCAACUCAGUCGUCCAAUCACUCCAGUGGUGAUGGAAUGGAUCUUUCCCCUAGCAGCAAAAGGAGAAAGGACAAGGAUUUCUUUCCCCACACAACGGAGGAGGAUUUCUGCUCACCGGUCAAUUCUCAUCCCGAGAGAGCCCAAGAAAUGGACAUUCACCCAGUUGAGCCAUCUUGGUUGAAUGACUUCACCGGUGUCAUGAGGCAUGCAUAUGGGCCAGUUACUGCUGCCAAGACAAUAUACGAAGAUGAUCAAGGAUAUCUUAUAAUGGUUAGCCUCCCUUUCUCUGAUCAACAGAGGGUGAAGGUUUCUUGGAGGAACAGUCUCACUCAUGGCAUAGUGAAGGUACUCUGUGUUAGUACAGGUCGAAUGCCUUAUGUAAAAAGGCACGACAGGACUUUUAAGCUAACUGACCCUUCGCCUGAGCACUGCCCCCCGGGGGAGUUCAUAAGAGAGAUACCACUUGCUACGAGAAUUCCCGAAGAUGCCAAGCUUGAAGCGUAUUACGAUGAGACUGGUUCGAUUCUAGAGAUUAUGGUUCCAAAACACCGUGUGGGACCAGAAGAACAUGAGGUUCGUGUAUGCAUGCGCCCUCCUCAUCUUGGAGCAAAUGAACUUCUAUUGACCUGACUCGUUGGCCUAUUUAUAACUCGGGUUGCUUAAAUGGUAUAUCGAGAGCAACUUGUUUUUGCUUUUAUGCUGACCGGUCGAUGUUCGAUCGGUAAUUUGGUUUACAUUGGAGGUGCACUCU